AGCCGGAGCAGCGAGCCCUCCCGUUCUGCAGGGGCCAUGGGGACUCCGAGCCGCCGGCCACCCGAAGUCCCAGGGCCCUCGCUGGGGCUGCUGCUUCUGUUCCUGAGCGUGCUGGCCUCGGCGCGCGCCUCUCCGCGGCUCUUGGACUUUCCGGCGUCGGUCUGUUCCCAACAGGAGCUCAACUGUGUGGUCCAGAAUAGUACCUGCCUGGAUGACAGCUGGAUCUACCCUCAAAACCUGACCCCCUCGUCUCCCAAAGAUGUCCGAAUUCAGCUGCACUUUUCUCACACCCAGCAAGGAGACCUGCUUCCUGUGAUUCACAUUGAAUGGACACUGCAGACAGAUGCCAGCAUCCUAUACCUCAGGGGUGCAGAGUUAUCCAUCCUGCAGCUGAACACCAACGAGCGUCUGUGUGUCAAGUUCAUGUUCCUAACAAAACUGGAGCACCACCACAGGCGGUGGCAUUUCAACUUCAGCCACUUUGUGGUAGAACCAGGCCAUGAGUAUGAGGUGACCGUUCACCACUUGCCCAAGCCCAUCCCUGAUGGAGACCCCAACCACCAGUCCAGGAACUUCCUCGUGCCUGACUGCAGGGACCUCAGCAUGAAGAUAACCACGCCGUGUGUGAACUCAGGUAGCCUGUGGGACCCCAACGUCACCGUGGAGACCUCAGAGGCCCACCAGCUGCGUGUGAGCUUCACCCUGUGGAACGAGUCUACCUAUUACCAGGUCUUGCUGGAGAGUUUCUCACACACAGAGAACCAUAGCUGCUUUGAGCACGUGGAGCACAUACCUGCGCCCAGAGAAGAGGAUUUUCACCAGCGAUCCAAUGUCAUGUUCACUCUGCCCAGCUUCAGUGAAUGCUGCCUCCACACUGUGCAGAUUCAGCCCUUCUUCAGCAGCUGUUUGAACGACUGCCUUAGGCACUCCAUCACUGUUCCCUGCCCAGAAAUUCUAGAGACUCCAGACCCUCUCCCUCUGUGGGUGUACAUCUUCCUCACGGGCAUCUCCAUCCUGCUGGUGGGCUCCGUCAUCCUGCUGACCCUCUGCAUGACCUGGAGGAUGCCCGGGUCUCAUCGUGAAAAAUAUGGUAACGACACCAAAUGCACUGAUGACACGCCUGCAGCUGACCUGACCCCGCCACCCCUGAAGCCAAGGAAGGUCUGGAUCAUCUACUCAGCUGACCACCCUCUCUAUGUGGACAUAGUCCUCAAGUUCGCACAGUUCCUUCUCACCACUUGUGGCACUGAAGUAGCUUUGGACCUCCUGGAAGAACAGAUCAUCUCAGAGGUGGGGGUCAUGACCUGGGUGGGCCGCCAGAAGCAGGAAAUGGCAGAGAGCAAUUCGAAGAUCAUCAUUCUAUGCUCCCGAGGCACCAGGGCCAAGUGGCAAGCCAUUCUUGGCUGGGAGGAGCCUGCUGUCCAGCUGCGGUGUGACCGUUGGAAGCCUGUUGGGGACCUUUUCACAGCGGCCAUGAACAUGAUCCUCCCUGACUUCAAGAAGCCAGCUUGCUUUGGCAGCUACAUCGUCUGCUACUUCAGUGGCAUCAGCAGUGAGGCGGAUAUCCCUGACCUCUUUAAUAUCACUUCCAGAUACCCACUGAUGGACAGAUUUGAGGAGGUGUACUUCCGGAUCCAGGACUUGGAAAUGUUUGAACCUGGCCGGAUGCACCGCCUGGGGGAGCUCACAGAGGAAAGCUACCUGAAGAGCCCUAGUGGCCGGCAGCUUAAGGAGGCUGUGGAUAGGUUCCAGGAGUGGCAAACCCAGUGCCCUGAUUGGUUUGAGCGUGAGAACCUUUGCUCAGCAGAUGACCAGGACCUCCCGUCCCUGGAUGAAGAGGUGUUUGAAGAGCUACUGCUGCCACCAGGAGGUGGGAUUAUCAAGCAAAAGCCCCUUUUGCGGGAACCUUCCUCCGAGGGCUGUCUGGUGGUAGAUGUACUCAUCAGUGAGGAAGAAAGAGGAAUGUCAAAGCUAGAACCUCAGCUUCAGCCCCCGGGAGAGUGGGCGGCCCAGACCCUCCAGGCUGUGGUGCUCCCAGUGGAGAAGGUCCCUGUAGUUCAAGCAGUGGAGCCCAUCCCUGCUGAUGAGAGCAGCACAGCCAGCCGUCUGGCCAUGGUGGCAGAGGGUGAGGCCUGUCCACUGCUGGGCGACCCUGGCCCUCAGCGCAACAGCGUCCUCUUCCUCCCAGUGAGCUCGGAGGACUCACCUCUCUGUAGUACCCCGAUGCUGUCACCUGGCCACCUCCCAGGUGAUGUCAGGGAACAGCUCGAAGGACUGAUGUUGUUGCUCUUCCAGCAGAGUCUAACCCACCAGGCUCAGCAGAGGUGGGAGGGGCCUGCAGGGGGCCUCAAAGACCCAUACACCUCUUACGAGGAGGAGCAGCGGCAGUCGGUGCAAUCUGACCAGGGCUACAUCUCCAGGAGCUCCCCACAGCCUCCAGAUGGACUGGCAGAAACGGACGAAGAGGAGCAAGACCUGGGAAAGGCAGCCGAGCAACUCUCUCCAGAGAACCUGGAAAACCUGAGAAGCCUCCAGCAGCAGCUUUUCUUCCAAGAGCUUCAGAAGAACUCUAGCUGGGACAGUGUGGAGGCAGAGAGGCUGGCCUGAGGGCAGGCCCUCGGGGGCCUCCCAGAUUCCAAGCAUUGAGAGAAGAGUGGAGAAGUACAUGUGGGUGUACACAUGUACAUGAAUGUGUAUAGGUCGCUGUGCGUAUCUGUGUGUGUAAUGUGUAUACUUGUAAGAUGCAGACAUCUUGACUCUGGUC